UAGCUGGUCACGAUUUUAUUGAUUAAUUUAUCCGUAUCAUGCUGGUAAUUUAAGAAUUCAAACAUAUUUUUUAAUUUCCAAGAAAAAAAAAUGAAAUUAGCAUUCAAGUGUGUAGGUUUUCGAAAAAUUAGGUUAGUAGUAAAGAUUUUAGAAAACUGAAUACGAUAAAUAAAACAAGGGGAGAUAAAAAAGAAAAAUCAAAAUCAAAAAGGCUUUAUUUUUGAGUAGAGGUGUUUCUUUAACCAAGGUUAUGACUUUUAUGGAAUAUUUAAAUAAGGAAAUUUUUUAUAAGAAUGAGGUUAAGAGUUUUAAUAAAGAAUAUAUCAAAUGAGCAUGCGCUGGGUGUAUACGAAGUUAUAGGAGGAUAGAGAUCUGAUUGGUUGUCAUGAAAACAUGACUAAGAAGUUGAAUCGGUCGGUAGGAUGACGUGUGGUGUUAAAAUGGAGGGUUGCCUAUCUACUAGAUUCACGUAACGGGUAAGAUUCUAAUCCUAACAUCAAUUUAGAUAACAAAAGAAUAUUCAGUAAUAACAAUUCACAAAUUUAGUCGUAUUUUUGAAUAAAAAAAAAUCAAAGUGUUGAUAAUAACUUGCAAAUAAUGACAAAAUUUAAAAAUAUAUGUCUUUAUUAUAAAUGUGGGAAAUAUUGUAUAAAUUUAUGGAAUAAAAACAAUUUCCACUGUUAGAAACUUGAAACAAACCUAACUAAAGUUCGUGUCAUUAAAUUAAAAACAAAAAUAUCGAAGAGGCUACAAAAUUUACCUGAAUACUGUCCUGUUCGCGUUGUUUAUCUACGUAUACAUUUGACAAAACUAAUGACAUACCCUUUAUUCGUUUAAUGUCACGAUUCACGACAAACAUGUAACUAAUGACAUUAUUUUAUGUCCCUUUCUAUAAAUUUCUGAAACCGCUAAAUCUCAUACGUACAAAGAUAAAGGGUUAGAACAAUUUUGAAAACUCGAUUGUUGUAAUGGCUACCGUUAAACGAGUAAGAAAUAGAAAAUGCGUGCCGAUUUUAAAUACAGAAGGGACAUUUAUUAAACCGAUAAUAAAUCCUAAAUAUGAUAGUAAAGAAAUUUAUUGCCAAAAUUUACCGACGUUUCAAAGAAUGCAUUCGCAUCACACACUAUCUAGUGCCAGACGAUUUGUUGGAUAUAAACCGUUCAGUCAUCUUAUUCCCAAAGACGAACUGGAUUUUGUUUUAAACGCUUCUUUUAAUCAAACUUCGGAGGUAUUUCCCAGUACGGUAGAUAUUUAUUCCCAGCCUGAAACUAGAGGCAUUGAAACCGGCAGACAAUUACGUAAUACGAGAGAUUUAACACCUGUUAGAGAAGUGCAAGCAUCUGUCGAAGAUACCGCCGACGAUAUAAAAAAAGAACCCGAAAAAAGAAAAGGAAAACACGUAAAAAUACCGCAUAGAUAUAAUUUUAGUCAUAAAGUUUUAAUCGGGGGUGUAACGGAUAAAAAACACCCCAGUAACAUAAAACUGAUGAACUCUUCUCAUCACAGUCCUCAAACGAACGCAGGUUAUUCUAGACAAGAUUCUGACGGCAACGUUUAUCAAUAUUAAUAAAACUAAAUCAUAUUUUUGUAUAUAAUAAUUUGGUUUUGAUGAAUCUGUAAUAUAUUUAUUUAAGUAUUCUGUUCUAAUUUUUCGAAAACUCUGUAAUAUAUGAUUAAAAAUUCGAAAUGGUUAGAAGAAGAUUCAAUAUUUCGUAAGGUGGAGGCCAUAGUUUGAAAAAAAGUAGAUUUGACAUAAAUCAAUGUCUAAUUUCUAG